AUGAAGAGCUUUGUCGUCGCCGCUGCUCUGGUCAGCGCAAGCCUCGCGCAGACAUUGUCCAGCCUUCCAGCAUGCGGUCAACUGUGUUUCAACAACAUGGUCGCCGAAGCUCCUAAUCUCGGCUGCCCCGAUGUCAAUGGACAGACUGACGUCGUCUGUUUGUGCAAGAACUCUGACUUCAGCUAUGGCCUCCACGACUGCUCCUCUGAGGCUUGUCCGGUUGGCACAGACAUCUCACCGAUUUUGACGUAUGGGCAAAAUUACUGCGCCUCUGCUGCUUCUUCCGCAUCCAGCGCCGGUAGUUCAGUUGGUCCUCUCUCCGGAACCUCUGUUUUGACUGUUGGUGGUACCACUGCGACUGGCCCAAGUGGCGCCGCUGCUACUGGCACUGCUUCUGGGUCCAGCCCUGCUGCUUCGGCCUCUGGCUCAGGUUCUGGCUCCAGUGGCUCCCCAACGCCAAUAUCUACCGAGACUCUCUUUUCCACCCUUACCUCCGGCGGCAGCACCAUUACCACCGCUGUUGGGACAUCCCUCAUCUUUGCUGGCGCAGGCUCAGGGGGCAGCGGCGCCUCUUCGACUCCUAUCUCGACUGAGACUCUGUUCUCGACUGGCACCGACAGUGCAGGCAGCACAUUCACCACGGCUGUGGGCACAUCCACCAUCUUUAGCAAAGUUGCAGGAGGGGGGUCCUCUGCCUCAAGUCAUGCGUCUUCGGCCGCCUCUGGCGCAAGCGCAUCGGCUUCGUCCAUCUCAGCCUCCCUUUCCUCCGAAGUCUCGUCGGCCUCCUCUGCUGCCUCGAACGCUGCUUCGUCCGCUUCGGCUUCUGCAUCCUCAGUCGCCAGCUCUGCAUCUUCGCAUUUGGCCAGUGCCACUAGCUCUGCCGCCUCGGCUGGUUCGUCUGGUGCAUCCGGUGCAUCAUCGUCCGCUUCGUCGGGAGGAUCUAGUGCCACAGGUGCGGCAAUGCCCAAGGCAACAGUGGCUGUCAAUGGUCUGGCAGGUAUCGCAGGCCUGGCUGCUAUCAUGAUGCUGUGA